AUGGAAGGCGGGUGUCGCGGAGGAGGCGAGGGAGUUAAAAUAAAGAGAAGCGCAAUUGAAUUUUUAAUAUUUUAUGAGGAGGGAGGACCGAAAGCGGGGCUGGAAGCAGUUUUAAUGGGGGUGCAGCUCGCGUCCGCGGCCGCUAGCGUUCCCGCUCCCGCUACCUCUUCCGCUACCGCUUCUAGACUCCACUACAACUAA